CUGUGAUUAUGUCUCCAGGCGUAGUAAAUGUGUUUAGUUUGAUGUUGCCCACCUGUCAUGUUGGAUGCUAGUCACAAGGCGGCGUUGCUCUUCCAGGUUCACAGAGGAAGGGAUAUGUGUGGCACUUUAGCCCUGAACUGGGUCUCCACCGGCGCUUCGAAAAUCAGGAAACCCGCUGGAUUGUCUUUGGCCUGUGGUGGAAAUCUGCAUACAAUUCCUGUGCCAUGGAAUCAGCAAAAGUGGAUUAUGACGGGCGGGACGAGUAUAUCCUAUGGCAAAUGUUGGACAUGACGAGAAGAUACACAAUAUGUAAAACAAUACAGAAGUAGGUGACAUUGUGCCAGAACUCCCUACUCUGAUAGACAACUCCCAGAACAGGCUGCUGCCUCUUCCUGAUCUAAGACCAACAGAUGAGGUCGGCUAUCUUACCACCAUGGUGACCUUCUCUGAGACAACACAGGUCUUCCCCAUGGAGCUGCGUGAGCCGACCUGCCUUACCGCGACCCUGUCCCCUGGGCUGCGGCGGAAAAAGAUGCUUUGGCAGAACGCUGUAAAACAUAUCAUUAACCAGAAGGAGCUCAGCAUCCAGGUGGGUGUGGAGCCAGCAAGUAAAAUCUUUGUGACUGAUGCCUACAUGGACGUGAUCAACAAACAAAUCCGUGACAAGGCCUCACGGGGGGUCACAAAACGUCGCUCCUCCACAUUUAAAGUGCACCCUACCCAUUCCCGUGACUCCAUCAGCACAUACAACAGUACCAGGGCUUCUUUUAAUGAAUACUCCAGCGAUGCCGACUUCUUUGUGCACUGGGGCCGUACAAUUCGUGGAGUCUGUAUACCCACCCUGAGGCAUACCUUCAAGUCUCGGGAUCUGGAGAAACUGUACCAGCAACACUACUCCCACCAAAGACGCAACUCUCUAGCCAUCACCAAUGUAAUCGAUGCGGUGGCCAAAUUACACGUAUUGGUUCUGUACCUGGCAGUGGUCCCUGAGGCGGUCACAGACACUCUGCGUGGCUGCCUGACGGCCAUUUUCAUGGUGUUAGCUGUAGCGCUGUGCAUCGUGGUGUUAACCUGCAAGGACUCCUUGUCCCCACGGUGGCUUCACUAUGCUAGCCUAGCUUGCUGGUUCUCGCAGACCACCCAGGUGCUGGGAGGACUGGUGUAUGGACUGGAAAAAGACCCAUCAUGGUAUGUUUUGUUCACAUUGUUCGCCACAUACACGCUGCUGCCGUUACCUCUGUUGUGGGCCAUGUGUGCUGGCUCCCUCACCUCAGUACUGCACCUUCUGGUGGAGAUAGUGUGCCACUACAAUGAUGCCAUACUUUUGAGAAAGGUGUUUGCCAAAGGCCUGCUGUACCUGGGUAUGAACACAGCCGGCUUGUUCAUCCACUACCUGACAGACCACGCCCAGAGACAGGUCUUCCUGGAGACGCGGCGCUGCAUUGAGGGUCGCCUCAAACUAGAGCAAGAAAACCAGAGACAGGAGCGUCUGGUGCUGUCGAUCCUGCCUCGCUUUGUUGCCUUGGAGAUGAUCACUGACAUGAGCUCUCUGGAAAAUGAACUCAAUCCUCAUGAGUUUCACAAGAUCUAUAUCCACCAGUACAAAGAUGUCAGCAUCCUUUUUGCAGACAUCAAGGGCUUCACUCUGUUGUCCAUGAAUCUGUCGGCCCAGGAUCUGGUUCGAAUCCUCAACGAGCUCUUCGGACGCUUUGACCGAUUGUCAGAUGAGCACCACUGCAUGCGGAUAAAGAUACUGGGAGACUGUUACUACUGCGUGUCAGGGGUCCCUGAGCCACAGCGUGCCCAUGCCCGUCAUUGUGUUGAGUUGGGUCUGGCCAUGAUCAACACCAUACGGUAUGUGCGGAAGCAGCUGAACUUUGACAUGGACAUGAGGAUUGGGAUCCACUCUGGCUCUGUCCUGUGUGGGGUGCUGGGCCUGCAGAAAUGGCAGUUUGACGUCUGGUCGUGGGACGUGGGCAUUGCUAACAUGCUGGAGGCGGGUGGCAUACCAGGCCGCAUCCACAUCUCAAGGGCGACUCUGGACUGCCUACAAGGCACCUACAAGACAGAAGCUGGUCAUGGUCGUGACAGGAGCGAAUUUCUGCUCAAACACAACAUCGACACUUUCCUCAUCUGCCCUCAGGAGGAAAGGAAAGAAGUUGACCGUGUUAACCCCCUUAAAGUCCAGAAAACUAUUAAAACCUGGAACCCAGAGCUGCCCUUUGGGAACGUCAUUGACAUGAAUAGCAUCCUGGCCUCAUUCACAAACGGCUCGAUGCCCAACAUAUGUCGGUCCACCUCCAAGGAAAUCAACAAACGCAUCAAACACGCUAUUGAGGUUCGAAGCAGUGAGCGUAUGCACAGGGAGCACAUCACUCCACUGACCCUGAAGUUCAAAGACAUGCACAUCGAGGACAAGUUCUCCCAGAUGAGAGAUGAAAUGUUCAACUCCAACCUGGUCUGCUCCUUCAUCAUGCUCCUCUUUCUCAUGGCUGCCCAGGCCCUCAUUCCUGCGCCCAGGCUGUUCCCAGCCGUCCUCCAGUUUUCAGUCUUCCUGCUCGUCUACAUGCUGCUGCUGCUGUUGGCCCUGGCUGAAGAGUUCAGGUGCACUCCUGCACGGCUGCAGUACAUCUGCUGCUGGAUCCAUGAAAACAACAGCGCCCGCAACCUCCUCACCCUUACCGCCAUCGUCAUCAACUUCGGCAUGGUUUCUACUGACAUGGUAUGGUGCAUUCUCACAGACACACAAGAGGCUGAGGUAAUGGACAGAACCAACACAGCCUCACGUACCUUCACCGUCUGCACUUACCAUGAGGUCUUUGUAUUGAGUGGUGUUAUCGCCAUGGUGACUUGUGCCGUGUUCCUGCGUCUCAACUCUCUGCUGAAGCUGGCGGUGUUGCUGCUGGCGGUGGCCAUCUACACCUACCUCACCCACCUGGCCUUCCUCACACUCACGCGCCAUGAUAUGCUGCACAGGUCUCACUAUGUCAGAAGAAAAGGAAUUUCCAUCCUUCUCAUGGCCGUGUUUAUUAUUGCUGUCUUCUACAAUGGACGACAGUGGGAGGCCACUGCCAGACUUGACUUCCUGUGGCGUCUGCAGGCCCAACAGGAAGUGGAAGACAUGAGGGAAUUGCGGGAACACAACGAGUGUCUAUUACACAACAUCCUGCCUGUGCACGUGGCGCAACAUUUUCUGGACCGGAGCAAGAAUGACGAGGAGCUUUACUCCCAGUCCUACGAUGAAGUCGGUGUCAUGUUUGCCUCCAUCGCUGGGUUCAAUGAGUACUUUGAGCAGAAAGAGAUCAGACAUGAAGGAGUGGACUGCCUCCGACUUCUGAAUGAGAUCAUUGCUAGCUUUGAUGAUUUGUUGGAGGAGUCGUACUUUCACUAUGUGGAGAAGAUCAAGACCAUUGGGAGCUGCUACAUGGCAGCCUCUGGCUUAGCUCCAAACGGACAGGCAUCUAUGGAUGAAUGGAAUCACUUAAGUGAGCUGGUUUUGUUUGCGCUGGCAAUGCAAGAGACCUUGAAAGAGAUUAACAGGCUCUCUGCCAAAAACUUUCAGCUGCGUGUGGGCAUUGCCCACGGGCCGUUGGUCGCAGGGGUGAUCGGUGCCACCAAGCCGCAGUAUGACAUCUGGGGGUCAACCGUGAACCUGGCCAGCCGAAUGGACAGCACAGGUGUGAGCGGACGCAUCCAGGUACCUGAGGCCACGCGCAGGGUCCUGGCAGAAUGGGGUUUUGUCUUGGAGCUACGUGGAGAAAUCUUUGUGAAGGGGGUGAGCGAGAGUCAGGGGAAAGUCCGCACCUAUUUCGUCAGCACCAUGCGCAGCAAGAGGGCCAAUGUUGGUCGCAUGGCGGCACGGACAGGAGGACGCAUGACACUCGCAGGAGUGGUGUUUGGUCUCGUCCAGUCCAGACAAAAGGAAAAGAUGAGAGAGACUAAUGGGGGGUUCUGUCCGACUCCCUCCACUCAUCAAUGCUGAGGGGACUUUUGGGGUCAGAUGGUGGAGGACACAGCACAGCCAUAUUGUUUCUAUUGGUUUACAGUUUUGUUGUGUGUGUUUUAUACUUUGCCAUAAUAACCAAAUUAGCUUCACAAACAGAAAAGGGUGUAGCUGUUAGACACAGGACCCAAAUCCAGAAGAGCCUUUGUUCCUGUGUCCUCUGCUUUCCUGUCAAAUAUGUUGGGCUGUAUUGUACUUAAUGGACAUUUGGGGAAACUAAUACAGGGGCAGGCUGGCUUCUUUUACAGUGAGUCUGAAUGCCAUCUUGAGGGCAUUGCUUUCUAUUUUUUGUUGCCAUAUCUACACAUUGCAGUUUUAAGCAUGUUAAGUUCAUUUUGUACAAAAGUAAUAAAGGCCAACAUGUCUUUUUUUUAUGUUUUCCAAGCAAUUCCCCAGACCUUUAAGCCAAAAUACCUCAAAACAACCAGCUCAACCUCUCAUAGACUUUUUAAUGGCCUAUACAAUGCUGACUAGUGUUUUUUUACUGUAAUGUGCAUUAUUCAUCAAAAGCAAAGGACAGGGUUGUAUUUUGCGUGUAAUAAUGAUGUAAUAAUAUGUUAUAUUGUGUCACUGUUAUAUUAAAACACUUUGCCACUGCAAUUUGUUUUUUUAUGUUUUAACUGAAGGAUGACAAGCGCAUCCAUGGGACAAAAAAACAAACACAGAAACUCAUAGAGUGUAUAAUACAUAUGAAUCACAAUGUUUAUACCUCAGACAGACUGGGC